AUGCGUUAUGCGGACACCAAACGGCGCCACGCGCACCGCCGUUGGGACGUCGCAGUCGUCAAACCGCUGCGUCCCGAGCUCCCCGUUGCCACCGAAACCCCAACUGAACAAAAGCUGACGGCGGACCCGUCGCCUAGGCCGCAGCUGACGCACCAUACCCCGAACGUUAAGGUACUCGGCAACCGCCAGAAGGCCGCGCGGGCAAAGCUGCGGUGGGAUCAUCACGACACGAUGCCGGAGGUAGUUCAGCACAGGUGCGAAGUAGUCCGGAUCGAGGUCGAGAAGAAUGCAGUUGUGGUCAUCGAGGUCCAGCGGCACCAGAUCCUCAGCAGGGUACGGGUUCAACUGUUCACCACCCCCGCCACGCUCAUCAUCGCCCUUACGGGACUCACUAUACCGCGACGACCACAUGGCGGGCGGCAUUGCAGGAGAUAG